AGAGAGCAACAGAUAAUAAAGAGAGAGCAACUUUCUUAAAUGUUUACAUUUUGCAAGGAAAUUUUUUUUCAAUCUUCAGUUCAUUUUCGAUCUUUUUGCUUUACGCUCGCGAAUUUCGUGAAAGUUUGAAUAAUUAACUGUGGUGUUUCGUUUACACAUAAACUGGACCAGAUAUUACAUUCUGUGUAUUUAUUUAUAAAUAUAAUAACAUCACAGAUUCGCAAAACUCUUUCGUGAAAAGUGUGAAAGGUUUAUUGUUGUUCAACACGUAAUUAUUCGAGUUUUUUUUUGGAUCUUCACACUUCGGUCGGUCGUUAACAUUUCGCGUUCGCGAGUGCCAUCAAAAGAUUUAACAGAAUAUAUUGAUAAAUAUGUGGUCAUUUAAUCAAGGUGCUAAUAACCAGAAUUCAAAUUUGGGAUGGAAUGUCGACAAUCCAAGUGCGGGUGGAGUGGGAACCUCAAAUUUUGGAUGGAACUUGGGAGCGCCAGCUGCAGCGCCAGUGCCAAUGCCUGUGCCACCUUCUUCAUAUUAUGAUAAUCAAGAUAAUCAAAGUGAUGAGCCAGGAGUGGAUGAAACUUUUACCGCAAAGACUGCUGGAGCUCAAAGCUUCGCACAUUAUAUAGUUCGAUGGGGCUUUUUGAAAGGUGGCCUUGAUGGCAUCGGGAAGCAGUUGCUCAAUCAAGCUGGAGAAGCUGCUAUGGGGGCAGCUAAAGAAUUUCUCGGCAACGCAAUCAAUGAAAUGUUUGUUAAGAAACACUCGGAUGUCAAGCGAAUCCUCCCCGACAUCAAACAUAUGAAAAUUGUUGGUGAGAAGGCCAGUGGAUUACGAGGACAACAAGAUGUUCAAGAUUUCUAUACAAUUCGUCAGCAAUGUCUUGACUCAGGAUCGCUUUUUGAAGAUCCCGAAUUUUCAGCAACGGAUAAAAGUUUGUUUUAUUCACGCCGACCGGAUCGUCGUUAUGAAUGGUUGAGACCAAUGGAAAUCUGUGAUGAUCCACAGUUCUUUGUUGAAGGAUAUUCACGAUUUGAUGUUGAACAAGGAGAACUUGGAGAUUGUUGGUUACUUGCUGCAGCUGCCAAUUUAACUCAAGAUCAAAAACUUUUCUUCCGUGUUGUCUGUGAUGAUAACAGUUUUGAAGAUUCAUAUGCUGGAAUUUUUCAUUUUCGUUUCUGGCAAUAUGGAAAAUGGGUUGACGUUGUAAUCGAUGAUCGUCUUCCAACAUAUCGUGGUGAACUUAUGUACAUGCAUUCGACCGAAAAGAAUGAAUUUUGGUCAGCUCUUUUAGAGAAAGCUUAUGCGAAGCUUCAUGGAAGUUAUGAAGCGUUGAAAGGUGGCACAACAUGUGAAGCUUUAGAAGAUUUCACUGGUGGUGUCACUGAAAUGUAUGAAUUGAAAGAAGCACCAUCAAAUCUCUUCCACAUUUUGGAGAAAGGCUUUGAACGUAAUUCCAUGAUGGGUUGUUCGAUUGAACCCGAUCCAAACGUCCUUGAAGCAGAAACUCCCCAAGGACUUAUUCGUGGACAUGCUUAUUCCAUAACAAAGGCAGCUAUGGUUGAUAUUGUCACACCCAAUACAACUGGAAAAAUUCCUUUACUUCGAUUGAGAAAUCCUUGGGGAAAUGACGCCGAAUGGAAUGGACCUUGGAGUGAUAAAAGUCCUGAAUGGCGUUACAUUCCUGAUCACGCGAAAGAAGAAAUUGGACUCACUUUUGAUCAGGACGGUGAAUUUUGGAUGAGUUAUCGAGAUUUCUUGAAGUAUUUUGAUCGAAUGGAGAUUUGUAACUUGUCGCCAGACAGUUUAACUGAAGAUCAAGAGUCGGGGUUGAAGAAGAAAUGGAACAUGAAUGUAUUUGAAGGUGAAUGGGUUGCUGGCACCAGUGCUGGUGGUUGUCGUAAUUAUCUUGAUUCGUUCCAUCGCAAUCCUCAAUAUGUAAUGACACUUGAAGAGCCAGAUGAAGACGACGAAGAUGGCAAAUGUACCGUCGUCGUGGCACUUAUGCAAAAGAAUCGACGUUCACGUCGUAACAUGGGAAUCGAUUGUCUUACAAUUGGUUUCGCUGUUUAUAAAGUCACCGACCGUGACCUACAACAAAAACCUCUUCGUAUGAACUUCUUCAAGUAUAAUGCAUCAGUUGCUCGUUCACCAGCUUUCAUUAACUUACGUGAAGUCAGUUGUCGUUUUAAACUUCCACCUGGUCAUUAUUUGAUUGUUCCAUCCACUUUCGAACCCAAUGAAGAAGGUGAAUUCUUGAUUCGAGUUUUCUCUGAAAGUAGCAAUACAUUUGAGGAGAAUGAUGAAGAAGUCGGGAUGGGAGCUGUCGAUAGCAGAAUUGCUGACAACAUACCUGAUAUUCGUGAAAAAACACCAGAAAGAUCAGCUAUUGAACAAUUGUUCAUGGACAUUGCAGGUCCGGAACAAGAAAUUGGAUGGCCAGAAUUAAAAAGAAUUCUUGACCAUUCAAUGCGCGAUGAAUUAGUGAAGCACACGGAUGCAGUAACAUCUUCCAAACAUCAAUCACAAACAGAAGCGAAUGUUAAUGGCACGAGAAAUGAUGAAGGUGGCGGCGGAGGCGGCGGUUUAUUAGCAUUGAUUUGUGGUGCAUUGUGUAAAGACACGCCGCUGGCAGAAGCUUUCUCAGGGCCGAAUGAUAACAUUAAUAAUAAUAAUAACGCCGCCCCAUUAUUGGCUCCGGUUCCAAACGUCACAGAAUCUCAAGGUUUCUCGAAAGACAUCUGCCGAUCUAUGGUGGCGAUGCUUGACACUGAUCAUUCAGGAAAAUUGGGACUUGAAGAAUUCAAAUCAUUGUUGAAUGAUAUUGCUAAGUGGAAGGCUGUUUUCAAGCUUUACGAUCGUAAUCGAUGCAAUAAAUUGAAUGCUUUCGAGUUGCGUGAUGCAUUAGCAUCGUCUGGUUAUCAUUUAAACAAUCACAUUUUAAACUCUUUGGUGUAUCGUUAUGGUUCGCCUGAUAAGACGAUAGCAUUUGACGAUUUCAUCAUGUGUGCUGUCAAAGUUAAGACAAUGAUUGAACAUUUCAAGGAAAAGGAUUUUGACAACACCAAUUCAGCAACAUUCACAAUGGACGAAUGGAUAACGAGAGCACUUUACUCAUAAAUCAUCACACUUCAUAUCCAAUUACAAGCUUACAACUUAUUCAAUGUCGCAUUUUUAUUUCUUCUUGCAAUCAAUGCUUGUUUUUCAAUUGACCUUUUUGAAAACUUAAAUUGGAUUAAAUUAAGCUUCUUAUUUUUUAAUGGUUGUGCGUCUUCCUCCCACUGUUAAUGAUACAAACACAUAAAUUGUAUCAAAUAAAGUUACUUUAUCAAGCUUAACAUUUACUCGCACAAACUUCUCCAAUAAUUGUCCCACAUUUUUUGUUAAAUCUCUCGAAAUUCUCUUAAAUAAACUUUUUAAAAGACGGUAAAUUGAUAAAGAUGCCGGUCAAACAUUUCAUGUUAAAUCUUGUUGUGCCUACAUAUAAACUCAGAGCAUUAAAUGAAUUAAAACGAAGUCAGAAAAUAUUUUUAUGUCACAUAGGAUUGAUUAACAAAUUGUUCUUUAUCUUCAUCUAACCGUUACAGUUUAUUGCAUAAAAAAUUAUUUUUAUUCGUACUUUUUAAGCUGUGCUACUACUUGAAGAAGAAUAAAUAUUUUACGUGCUGAAAA